GGAAGAGCACAGCCACAACUACAAAAAGCCUGCUGCCUUCCCCCAGUGUCAGGGGAAGGAGGACUUCUGCAGGGGGAGCCCUGAUACCAGACCACUUUCGCGCGCUUUGGGGUUGCAUAGCUUGAGAGAUGCCUGCACAGAAAAGUGAAUUUGGGCCCCUCAAGACUCAGGUUUUCUUGCUGCUGGUGCUGUGCCUGUGCCAAUGGACACAGCAAACUCUGGCAACACCAUGCGAGGGGGGCGAGAUGAGAAUGGUCAGUAAGGGUGUAAAGAAAUGCUGCCCUAAAUGCGUCUCAGACACAGCCGACAAGCCAUGUGCAGAAAUCAAGGACACGGACUGCAGAUGUCCUCAGGGCUACAGCUGCGCUAAUCGGGCCUGCGACUCCUGUCAAAAACUGCCUGAAUGUGCAGAAGGCGAGGAGCCGUUUAAGCGUGGCAUUAUUGACUACUCAUUUGAAUGUAAACCAUGUGAGAUAGGAACCUAUUCUAAUGUUAAGAAUAGCUGGUGCCAAAACUGGACCGAUUGUGAAGGUUCUGGGUUUCUAACAAUCAAGCGAGGCAACAAGACACACAAUGUUGUGUGUGGCUUCCCUGUUGAAGAUGUGGAGCAAGUUGCAGCUCGCGUUGCAGACGGCUCUAUGUAUACCACCAUCCUGGCCAUCUUUACUGCAGUGGCUGUAUUUGUUCUCAUCUUGCUGACCUUCUUCUUGCAUUUCUGCAUCUGGUCACUGAAGAAAGAAAAAUACCACGUGGUUGACAAUGUGGAACAUAACUUCUCUAGGCUGCUGCUGGCUCCGCAAGCACCACACCACCGAGAGGAGACUUACAGCUGCCAGUUUCCAGAAGAAGAACAUGGAGACAAAACACCAGAAGAAAAGAGUGGCUAUUUCCACCCUCCGAGUCCGCACUGAAAACAGAUAAAUUGCAAAGUGACAUGAGAAUGAGGAACUGAGAUCAGCUUUUAAAAAAAAAUGAGGAAAAAAAAAAAAGGGAGGGACCGGGUGCAUAAAGCAUCAUUCUGUACAUAGCAAUAAGGAGCAGGUUUGGGGGAAUUUUGCUUUGUUUCUUCUCAACAAAACUCAUAUUUAGAAACAGGAGCUGUUUAAAUCAGUCUGACAUUCAAUUCAGCUGCACUGUUUUAGGCGGUUUUCCUGAGUUGUGGGUUGCUUUUUUGUUAUUUGGUUGUUUUUCAUUGAUGCACUUCUUAAUAUUGUUUGGGACAAGAGACCCUUCUUGUUAUUACUCCACUUUGCAUAUUCUGCUGUGGUGCUCCUCCAGCCUGACUGGUGCCUGGCAGGCUGGUGUCCUGCCAUCAGUCCCUCCAGGGCUGCAGGAGGUAUGGAAAUACCUGUGCCGAGCAGUCAGAACUACUGCUCUUCUUUGGGCAGGCUUUGCAUUCCUGCCGAGUGGCCCUUUUAGUUAGGCAGCAAAGGGCCUUUACUUUUAAUCCAUGAACUACUCCACUUUCCUACCACAGCAGCACCUGCUGGCCAGUCUCGGUGCACAGAGGUGUCCAGGUGAGGCUGCUGUGGCCACGUUCUUUGUGUUUGCAGAGACUUUUCUAUGCAAGCUCUGUCAUCCCUUCCAGGAAAACUGGAAGAAGAAGGGAGUGACGUUUAUCCUUGUCUCCUCCACAACUCAGCUAUCUUCGGUAGCUGGAACAUUGAAUUAAAUACAAGAGAUUUCAGAAAGGCUCAAGGAUCAUGCUGUCUAGAGAAAGACACUUGACUUAGUGCACUCUUCUCACCUGGCUUAUAGAGCAGAAAAAGACGGUGGGAAACAGAGAGAAGCCAACCACUUGUUCCUGAUCCUUUUCCUUCCCGCUCCAGAAUAAAAGGAACCAGGUCUUCUGCUGAUGUAUACCAGCAUAGCUCCAGUGACUUGAUCAUCAGCUGAAAGAUAUUCCCUUUGAUGGACAUAGAACAAUGCAGGAUUUUUUAUUAAAGCUUUCUCAAGUUUUGUAGAGCUCUGGCAUGGCUAGAAUUUGUCCUUUUGCCUGAAUUUAAAGGGGGAGUGUGUUGGCUGGUUGGUUUCUGUCAGUUGGCACUGAUUUCAGAUAGGAAUCCAGUCUGUGGCUUCAACUAAUUAAAAUGUUUUUCUCAUUUUUUAUAUAAUUAUAUAUAUAUAUCUUUUCUUAUAAAACUAUAAUUAUUGUUGUGUAAUGGGAUUGCAAUUAUAGGUACAAAACCUUGAAUGUCUUCUGGUUUGGCUAUCUGGAGAAAGCUGCUUAGAGCAGAUUCUUAAGACUAAACCAACACUGGGCAAAAAUGAGUUUUGAGUCAGCUUUUGUGUAAAAGCAUAUAAAUAUCCCACCCUUCACUCAUUCCAUCACAGUUCCAGUUUCAGUUUUACAGCUUCCCUGUUACUGUGUUGAGUACCAUUAACAUCCCUGUACUGUAGCUUCCUCAUCACAUUAGAUGGAAACACUGAUAAUUCUCAACCUCAGAAACAUGAUGUAAGACAUAAUUGGUAUUUUCAAUGUAUUUUUGCCUUCUCUCAUCCUGUUGCUUUUAAUUCUUGUGUUUCUGUUGAAUUUUCCUGUAGGUAUCCCUAUGUGGAUUUAAUUUCAAAUGUGUUUUCUUCUGUUGCUUUGAGAAAUAUGCAGACUCUUAACUGAGGUGGACUGGGCAUUCACCCAAGGAAAGGUGGCAAACAUUGGACUGGAUGAAACAGGGAAACUUAGCUUAAAGUAUAAGACUGGCUUUGCCUUGUAAGCAGGUACACUGUGGGAUUUAAUAUACUCAGAAGUCUAAACACCUGCUGGUAAAGACCAUUCUUAGUGCUUCUUCUGUGUUGGCCGUGUUUACUCUCUGAUCUAUAUUGGUCUUUCAUUUUUUAAUGUAGUGUGUUUUUCACCAAGAUUUCUGAUUGUGACCUUUUGUAAAGGCAAAAUAAACUUGACAAUUAAUGAA